AUGGCAACCAAGGAUGACUCCAAGCCCGUAAACGAUGGGGCUCAUUUGUUCGCCAACAAUGCCGACCAGAGCGAUCCCUUUCAAGCAUUGUCUUCCAACACUACACAGACUGCAAGAGAACAUUCCUCUGAACCCGAUGCAGCAACCACAACACAACAAUCGGCCAAUGCCAAUACCGAUACAAAGCAAGCUCAAGCUCCUGCUGCUCCUGCUACUACUACUGCUACUACUACCACCGGAGAGGCACAACAACACGUAGACGACACCAACAAGCCUAUCGCAGGGGAUGCAAGCACUCUAUUUGGUGGCGAUGAUUCCAAUAUGGAUGCAUUAUUUGGUGGUGGUGGUGGUGGCAAUAAUAACGUGUCAGGAGCCGACACGUUAUUUUCACAGCCGCAACAACCCACUCCAGCUGCUGCUGCUGCCGCUGCCGAUUCGCUCUUUGCCCAAGCUCAGCCCACAAGCGACCCCUUUUUUAAUGGUCAGUAUGAUAAUGGUGGUAAUGGAGGAGCAGCAUAUCAGUACAAUGCAACCGAUCAACAAUACGCGUCGUAUACUCCUCAACAACAAGAUCAACACUAUAAUCAAUAUACUGCUCAGGAUCAACAAUAUACUCAAUAUGCCCCUCCUCACCAAUAUGGACAAGAGCACCAGUAUAGUCAACAACAGCAGUAUGCUCCUCAAGAUCAAUAUGCCGGAUAUGCCCAGGAUAACAACCAAUAUCAACAACAACAACAACAACAACAAGGAUACGCUUACGAUGCUUAUGCCAAUUAUCAGUAUCAGCAGGAUGCUUAUAGCACGACCAGCACCUACCAGCAGAUACCUAACUAUCAACAACAACCCAAUGACGCUGCUACGGGAUACUCCGGCUAUGAUCCUCAACAAUACGCACAGAAUUAUCAAUACGUUGAUCAACAAAGUGAGCAACAAUACAUGUAUGACCCUCAAUCGGCAGCGUAUCAACAACAACCAAGCAAUGACGCCAUGGCACAAUAUGCUUAUGAUCCUCAGCAGGUUUAUGACCAGCAACAAUACCAAGUGACUGAUCAACAACAGCAGCCUGGUGUCAUGCAAAAUGGUCAAGAUAUGCAAGCUGUUUAUCAAUCUCAGCAACAGGAACAGCCAACAUCUGAGUACGCUUAUGCUCCUCCACAGCAACAACAUCAACAACAACAGGAUCAGUAUCAACAACAACAGCCGACAUCUGAUUAUGCUUAUGCUCCUCCUCCUCAACAACAACAACAGCAGCAGGAUCAGCAUCAGCAACAGCAGGCUACGUCCGAUUAUGCUUAUCCUCCUCCUCAACAACAGCAGCAGGAUCAGGAUCAGCAGCAGCAGCCGACAUCGGAUUUUGCUUAUGCUCCUCCUCCUCCUCAACAACAACAGCAGCAGGAUCAGCAACAGCAGACGACAUCCGAUUUUGCUUAUGCUCCUCCUCCUCAACAAGUCCCUGAAGUUCAACAAGGACCUCCAGCUGCAACUGAACAAUUCAAUUAUGGUCCUGGUCAACCUUCUAUGGAAGCUGAGUCUUCAUCGUUACCACCACCUCCUCAACAGCAGCAGCAGCAACAACAGCAACAACCAGAAGUUGGUGAACAGUUCAAUUAUGGUUCUAGUGAUCCUUCAUUAGGACAUGUAUCUGCACCACCACCACCAAUGCAACAACAGCAACCUGCUGAGCAGCAGCCACCACAAAAUGUUGAGAUUGAAGGUGAUCAACACAAUACCCAGACACAACAUGAUGUGCUUGCUCAAAAAGAGGAUCAACCACAAAUGGAAGCGGGCCAAGAACAAUCAGUGAAUGGAAAUGCUGCUAUCCUCAACCCAAUGGAACAAGAGACUGCAUACGAUCUUCAAAGUCAUCCACCACCUCAUGAAGCCCAUGUACCUGAUGCAGCGGUCUUUGAUCAACAAGCGUAUCAGCCAUCGACCCAAGAAGAUGCAACUGUUCCAGUUGAGCAAUACACCUAUGAUCAACAACAAUACAAUCAAGUGGAUGGCGUUUAUUAUCAAGAACAAGCACAAUACCAGUAUCCGACAACUGAGCCAGCAACCUAUGAGCAAAUGGGUGCUUCAGAAGUUCAAUCAUCACAACAAGAACAAGAAGCUCAAUUUGAUACGGGUGUGCCAUUGCAUCAACAACAGCAGCAGCAGACCAUGUCUCCCAAAUCGAGUACUGAAUUGCAAGAGAUCCAAGGAGAACAAGUUGUUCCUAAUUUGUAUCAAGGAGCGACUGCCAAACCCGAUGAUGCUUAUCCUUCAAGAGAACCCAUGUUGCAACAACGUUCAUCCAUGGAGCAAGGUGGACGUGUAUCGAUGGAACGUACAAGUACAGUGUAUUCUGCUGGAAGCAUGUUGAAUCGAUUGGCGUCGCCCCAGCUGGAACAAUUCCUUCCUUGCCCUGACCCUAAUUGUGAGGGUGAAAACAAGGCCAAGGCCAAGUUUUGUUGCGAAUGUGGUCGUCCCUUGACAUCCAUUUCUCGUGCUACGACACCUGCUGCUGGCAGUGUUACAUCUUCAGUUGCUGCUGCUCAUCCUCCUCCACUUAAUGAACAUGUACCACCAUCAUCAUCAGCAUCCUCUUAUGAUCCAUCCUCAGCAGCAGCAAUGUAUGGCCCACCUGGUACUACUACCCUUCAACAGCAACAACAACAACAACAGCCACCAUCGGAUAUGUAUUAUCCUGAACAACAACCAUAUGGUGCUGAGCAACCUGCUACUUUGAUGGUGGGUGAAACAAGCACCGAGUAUUACCAAAAUGAAGCAAUUCCAGCAGCAGCAACCGACAUGUAUGCACAACAACAGCAACAACAAUUGCCACCUGAUCCUUUGAACAGAGCUCGAGGAUGUCCACUUGUUAGCUUUGGCUUUGGUGGUAAACUUUGUGUCAUGUUUCCACAAACGGUGCAGCGUUUUACUACUGGGUACGAUGCGGGUGCACCCAUUACCAAGACCAUGCCAAGUGCUAUCCAAGUUAGGCAACUCAAGGAUGUUCUUGGUGAUCAAGAUCCCAUGUUGCGUAGUCUUUCGGAUUUCGUGGGUCCUGUUUUGAUGGAUAGCAAAUCGAGCACCAAGAACAAAAAGAAGGAUGCAUUGGCAUAUAUGGAUAAGCGCAUUGCUGAUUUGACAGCAUUAUUACCAUCCCCCGAUCAGCCAUUGGAAUACAAUCAAGCCGAAUGUCGGGUCUUGUUAUGGCGUUUGGUUCGCACCUUGUUGGAACAAGAGGGUACUUUUAACGAUGGUGGAAAACUCGAUGAAGCAACUCGUGCGCUUUUACAACCCACUGAUCUGGAUGCGAACAAUGAUGACCAAGGGGAUUUCAGUGUCCCUGCCUACGCUCAAUCCAAUGAAGCCACUCAUGGUGAUGAUGAUGCUGAGAAUGCUGAACGAUCCAAAAAGGUGCUUAACAAGUUGGAAACAUUGUUGAUCAAGGGCGAUCGUGCUGGAGCUGUGGAAUACGCCAUGCAAGAAGAUCUUUGGGCCCAUGCGUUGAUUCUCAGUAGCUGUGUGGAUAAGGAAUUAUGGAAAAAGGUGGUGACAAGCUUUGUGGAACGUGAUUUAUCAGCAUCCGCUGUGAACAUGCCACGACAAGAUCGAUUCAAUGUACGAGGGGAUAAGCAGUCGCUACGUGUAUUGUACUCACUCUUUGCUGGAUCGGGGGUUGCAUCAGUAUCUGAAUUCAUGCAAGCUAGCUCCCCUGGUCAUCUCAUGAAUACACCUUUCGCAUCAUCACAGCCCGCUCAACAACGUGGCAAUGACGAGCAAUUACAUGAAUGGCGAAUUACAUUGGCUCUUAUCCUUGCCAAUCGGACACCUCGGGAUACUGAAGCGAUCACUGCUUUGGGUGAUGUUCUCCGUAACCAUGGAUGGCUUGAUGCUGCACAUAUUUGUUAUCUCGUAUCUCCUCAGUCAUCCAUUCAUUCCGGUUUGGAUACUCCUCACGUACGAAUGACCUUAUUGGGUGCUGAUGGUCCUAAUGCUUCUCACGAUAUCGAUGCUUAUUUCUUGACCGAGUUAUUUGAAUUUGCUCUUUCCACCAAACAAAAUGGCGCUGUCUCUCUGCCAUUCCUGCAAGGCUACAAACUUAUGCACGCUUGGUGGUUAGCGGAUCUUGGAUUGCUCAACUUGGCGCAACGCUAUUGUGAGUCGAUUGCAAGUGCUGUCAAAGGAUAUACCAAGGGUAGCCCAUACCUUCAUCGGCAAUUGUUGGAAAGCAUUCGUGAGUUUAAUGAGGUUUGCGAGGUCGCUAGUGGACACAGUCUUGGUGGUGAUACUGGAUCAUGGCUCAAGAACAAGUUAUCCAAGAAUUCGUUGGAUUCAUUAUGGGGUUCAUUGGAAGGCAAAUUCAACAAGUUUGUGAGUGGAGAGGAUAUUCCAGCUGAAGAACCACCAGCAAGGAAGUCCACAGAGAUCAUGGCAAGACCCUAUGAUGCUGUUAUGGAUGGACCACCAGCAAGAAGUGCCUCUGCUUUUGAUUUCAGAAAUGGAAGAACAAGCGUGGGCCACGAAGGCAUUCGAAGAGCUGCUACACCUACUGCGACUAUGCCAUCCGAAGGUUAUAGUCGUCGAUCCUCAUCGCCUGGUGCACGAGCUGGUCCUUUUGGACAUGGUUUUACACCCAUUUCUCAGUAUCCUGCUCCUUCUGAUAUCCAACAACAGCAGCAACCAGAUCAACAAGUACCACAGCAAGAGGAGAAUGCAAUGCAACAACCUGGUUAUGGUGGAUAUGGUGCUUAUGGAUAUGGUGCACCUCCUACGAAUGCUGCCAUGUCACCUUUUGGUCAAGUCGGUUCCACGCCACAAUAUUCACCUUCCAUGUAUGAUACGCAACAACAACAAUAUGGUGCUACUCCAGCAGCAGCAGCAGCAGCAGAUCAAAAUGGAUGGUAUGAUCAACGACAUCAAUCGUCUUAUGAACCAUCACCAUCAGAGCAAGAAGCAGUACCCAGCUAUGAACCUCCAUCCAAUGAUUAUUCUGCAGCCACUCCCAGUUAUCAGAACGAUGAAGAGGAUGAUGAUCUUGGUUUUGGUAAUUCGGCUUUGAAAAAGAGUCGAUCAGCAACACCCUCAUCACCACCCGCUGGCAAUGAGAACGAUGGUCCUGAAGCACCUGAAAAGACUCAAGAAGCAUCGCAAGAAAAUGAGCAAGAUAAGAAAGAUGAAGGAAAGGGUGGAUGGAGAAUAUUUUCUCUCUUUUCACGUAGCUCUACGCCAUCGGAGGAAAAGAAAGCUGUCAAGGCCAACUUGGGUGAACAAAAUACGUUUUACUAUGAUGAAAAGGAAAAACGCUGGGUCAACAAAGCAGCACCUUCUCCUGCACCAGCACCUGCUCUUCCGCCACCUCCAAAAGCUUCAAAGCCAAGUACACCAGCACCACCUUCUGCUACUUCAACGCCUCCUCCUCCUCCACCAGCAGCAUCCGCAAGUCCUGCCUUGUCUACUAUGAGUGGUCCACCAGGUGGUCCUGCUAGUGCUGGUGGUGGUCCUCCACCUCCUCGUUCAGCUACAUCCCCUCCACCUCCUCCAUCAUCGACGGGUGCACGACGAGCUGGUGGCAGGAAAAAACCUAUGCGUUCUCGCUAUGUUGAUGUCUUUAACCAACCAGGGAAUUAG